UCAAAAAAGAACAACCGCAUUACACAGUACCAUUGUACCACACCCCCACACAUCCAUCAAACAUUUUUAUCCAUCAACACUCUCUCAUUCUCACUCACACUCACACUCACUCUCACUCUCAUAUUCUCACUCUCAACUAACCCACCAUAUUUCUCUCACUCAUCACUCAGAUCUUCUCCUCCUCCUACUCAUCAAAAGCUUGUGCCUUUGAUCUUUCAAAAAAAAAAUGGCUCUUAUGCUUGACAAUUGUGAGGGCAUAUUGCUCUCUUUAGACUCACACAAAUCAGUCCCAGCACCAUUUCUCACCAAAACCUAUCAACUUGUAGACGAUCCAGCCACAGACCACAUAGUUUCUUGGGGUGAAGAUGACACUACCUUCGUUGUUUGGAGACCUCCUGAGUUUGCUCGUGACCUCCUUCCCAACUAUUUCAAGCACAACAAUUUCUCUAGCUUCGUUCGCCAGCUUAACACUUAUGGUUUUAGAAAGAUUGUACCGGAUAGAUGGGAGUUUGCGAACGAGUUCUUCAAAAAGGGAGAGAAGCACUUGCUUUGUGAGAUCCAUAGAAGGAAAACCGCGCAGCCACAAGUAGGUAUAAACCAACACCACCAUCAUCAUCACCCACAUUCUCCACUGGGUGUCAACCCGAGUUGCCCGAGUUUCUUUCCCUUUUCAAACAGAGUCAGCAUAUCUCCAUCUGACUCGGAUGAGCAAGCUAAUUGGUGUGACUCACCCCCUUUAGUCUCAUCCCCAAGAGGUGGACUUGCAGGCAACUACAAUAACUCAGUGACUGCGCUUUCAGAGGACAAUGAAAGACUAAGAAGAAGCAACUCGAUGCUAAUGUCUGAGCUAGCACACAUGAGGAAGCUUUACAAUGAUAUAAUAUACUUUGUUCAAAACCAUGUGAAACCUGUGGCUCCAAGCAAUACUUACCCUUCUUCUCUACUUCUUUGUAGCCCACAAGCAACGGCUACCACACCUAUUGGUUCUAAUACUCCAAUGGUGCAAAAGCCAUUGAACCAGCUUUUUGGAUACUGUCAGAGUAAUAACCCUAAGCAAGCUUUUCAAAACACCCAUGUUAUGAACUCUCCAACUACUACUACUACAUCAAAGACUAGUUCUUUGACAAUUCUUGAUGAACCCAACAGCAAUAGCUGCAAGACCAAGCUUUUUGGAGUGCCACUUCAAUAUUCAAAGAAAAGGUUGCACCCUGAGUACGGUUCUAAUCCCAUCAACAUGGAGACUACCAAAGCUCGUUUGGUCUUGGAAAAGGAUGACUUAGGCUUAAAUCUUAUGCCUCCUACAUGUUAGUUUUCCUCGAAUCCAUUUAGAAAAUUAAGUUCUUUUUUGAUUUUCUUCUCCAAUUUUUUUGUUUCUUUUUCUUUUUGAGUCUUGAGAGAGUUUAAUGAUAUUGUUGACAAUAUGUGUGUGUGCGUGCGUGUGUGUUUGUGAGUGACUCUAUGUGAGUCUGUGUAUAUAACUUUAGUGCCAGCCAGUAUUAUCUUUGUUCCCCCCGGGCAUGAAUGCAGGUGGGUUUUGGUUAGAGUGAAGAAGAUCAAAGCAAAGCGUAUUAAAUCACCAAUACCAUCUUUUUCUUUAAGCUUUAUUUAUUCUUUGUAGUGGUGCAAUUUAUUGCUUUUGAUUAUGGA